UCCGGUGCGGUCGCGAAUUGAUGGUGUCACGGCUUUUCGCGGGAGAAGUUCGAAAGUGGGUGUUGUGCAAUGAGCAAGUUAAAAGAGCUGUUUCUACUCGGUAGUUUCUGGGAAGUGAGGGUAGAUAGGCUGGAGUUUUGAGCUCCAGGUGCUGUCACUGAUUUUGACGCGACGGGCGAAGGAGUUUGCUCCGCCAGACGGGGUCCGGUAAGGAAGCUGUGUGGAGACAAGGUGCUAUAAAUAGUUGAAUGACUACUGAUUAUUUUCUGGACCUGACUGUAAUAUCAGAAGAAAUAAUGGAAAGCCAAGAAUUUAUUGUACUAUAUACUCAUCAAAAGACGAAGAAGUCAAAAGUGUGGCAAGAUGGAAUUCUGAAGAUCACUCACUUAGGAAACAAAGCAAUUUUAUAUGAUGACAAAGGAGUAUGUUUGGAGAGUUUAUUUCUUAAGUGCCUUGAGGUUAAACCUGGAGAUGAUUUAGAAAGUGAUCGGUACUUAAUCACAGUUGAGGAGGUUAAAGUUGCUGGAAGCACAGCUGUGAAGCAGGAUAUCAUUAAAGAAGCACCAGCAUUAAAUUCAAAGAGGUUUAUGUCUUCUGGCCGAUCCCUUGGGUGUCAGCCUGCUGGUUUAAAAAGGAAGUUCACUGGUUUUCAAGGACCACGUCAAGUACCAAAGAAAAUGGUUAUUACAGAAAAUAGUGAACCAGCUGCUUCACUUGAGUCUGAGAAACCUGGUCCUGCUUUUCUUUCUCCAUUGUACAGCACACCUCCUUUGUUUUCUACAAUUGGCAAGAAAGAUAUAAGUAAUAUGCCAACAGACUCUGAGAACAUUGUCACUUACAAGAACAGAGAGCGAAAUGGCAUACCUUUUUCUUCAGUUAUCUCUACUCCAUCCUUCAAGAUUAACCCAGAAGUGCUAUGUGAAGAAAAUUAUGUUUGCUCUCCUGUUAGUUCUGUAAAUAAGCGUUCAGAUUCUUUACUGACUGAUGAGUCCAUGAAAAGAGACAGUUUGGUAUCUCAUGGUUUAGGAGUUUCACAAAACAUUAGAAGCAAAGCCCAGAUAUUAGCUCUUCUGAAGUCCACAUCCACAAGUACGUCUAAGGAGUUAAAUUCUGAGAUUAUAGGCCAUUUCCCUCAGAUACAACCACAAGGAAGUUUAGAAAUUCCUGCUGAACCAAAUUGCUUAACCGAACAGGAAGAAUAUGCUGAAAUGAAGAGCACAGAAAGUUUACACAACCAGCAUCAAUCAGAAAAUGCCAUGAGAAAUAAAAGCCGGUGGGCCAUGUAUUUAUCCUCACAGAGUUCACCUGUACAUUCUUCUACAGUAGAUGGAAAAGAUAUAGAAAAGAAACCCAAGACCCAAGAAGGUAAUUUAAACUUGAAAGACUUUUCGAUGCAAAAAAGGAUCCAGUUCUUUGAAACAUGUGCUGAAAAGGGAAAAAGGUAUAAUGAAGAUAAGCCAAUAGAUGAUAAUGAUCAAUCCUGGGAUCAAGAAGGAAAACUAGAAAUUCCUUCAUUCUAUGAAAACAGUAGCUUACCAAUUAAUUGUAACAUUGUAGUAAAUGAUGGCUUAUUAUUAGAUUCUGACAUUCAAAAAAAUAAUAAAAGAUCUGUUGAUCAAAAUGACCAGAUAGGCAAAAAAGGAUCAAUUCUUCUUAGAGAAAAAGCACAGGAGAUAAAUAUAAAUGGAACACCAGAAAAGAAGUAUGAACAUCUACAAAUCAAAUCUUCACUAAGUAACAAUUCUGGGAUCUCUGAUGAUAUAUUUUCUAAAAGUAGUACUAACAGUGAAAGCCUUAGUAGUAUUCAUGAACCCAUGAGUGAUAUAUCACAGCCACUUGUGGAAGUCACAUUUAAUCUAAACAAUUUCGAAACCAGUGACACUGAAGAGGAAUCACAGGAAAGCAGCAAAAUUUCCCAGGAUUCAGAGAAUUCAACUUUGGUUAAUAGCAGCAAUUCAAGAUGGGAGAAUAUAAGCUGUAAAGAAGUUGGCAGUGAACAUCUGCCUCUCUUAACGUCUACUGGGGGCAAACUUUCAGAGACAUUUCCCAUGAAAGAGAUUCUGCCUUCACAGUUUUGUGAUAAAACUUGUGUAGGUUAUGACACAGAAACUUGGAAAGCUGGAAACACUGGAAAAGAAAUAAAGGAGGUGUGUAGUGACACAUUAAGCAAUUUUGACUCAUCUUUAGAGUGGACUGAUGAUAGAUAUGUAGAAAAUGAUGAGGGCGCUAAUAAAUCCAUUAGUGCUUCCUUCCCAAGUAAACCUGAAAGUAUGAACACAAAUUUACAUAUUCCUCAUCUUUUAAACAUAGCCACUGAUCAGAAACCUGAAAACAACCUAUUUUCAGAACAGGCUCAGACUCGGUCUUUUAUUAUGGGAAGUGACUUAGACAAAAAUACCAAUCAGGUUUUACCAUUAACCUCUAGCAGUGGCAACAGUAUCCAGAUAUUAAAUGCCAAACAGAUUCACUCCAAAGAAUGUACUGCACUUGAUAGAUCACAGACCCAAGGUUCCAAUUCUUUGUGUUACCCUUUGGGAAAAACACAUAUUUCCAAAGACACAGAAUCACAUAUUUCUGAAUCUGAAGAGGUGGGAAGGAGUCGAGGUUUAUCCCAGGACCAUAUUGAUGUAGAAACUUCUGGAGAAAACAAACAAUACGGGAAUAAUCUUAGAAAUUCUUCAGAAAUUUCUGGAUUAGUAAAUAGCAUUUCUCUCUUAAAAUCAUUGACUGAACACAGUACGGCUUUGGAAGGCUUGGAAAUAUUGAAAAAGAAAAAUACCUCCUUGAAACAACAAGGAACUCUGCAGACAUAUGAGCCAGAUAGCAGUCCUGAAGCUGAGAAACCAUUGACUACAAUAGUUUCACAAGCUAUACCAAAGUCUCCUCAUCUGAACCAGGAUCCUCAUCAGAUGAUAAAAGAAAAUGAAGCUGAACCAAGUGAAUCACAUCAGUCUUUGCAGUUCAUUCCCUUGGGCACUGAAGAAGAGACUGCUUUUCUAGCUGUUAUUCCUAAACAAAUGGAGAGAGAAACCUGUAAAGACCCCAAGCCUGUUGAGUUUCAAGGGCACCAAGUGAAAGGCUCCGCUUCUAGCGCUGUGAUGGUCAGAGGACACAGCUCACAGGUUGAAUGCAGUCAGCUUUUGGAUAGCACUGUGUAUGGAAGCUGCACGACAAACACUUGUUUUUUGACACCAGAGUUGCCUAGCACUCGUAUGCAGAUGGGCUUCUUGCAGUUCCCAAAUGAAGAAAACUGUCCAAAAGGAGAUACUAGCUUUACUAUUGAAGACAAUUUUCAAGUGAGAGCUGAGUUUAAUAAGGACUUGACUAAAAAUGAUUCAAUUUUAGAUUUCCCUCCUAAAGAUUCAGACCAUUUAUAUAAUUAUUUGGAUUAUAAUUGUAAAUCAACAGAGAGGACUUCGUGGGAAAAAAAUAAGGUGACAUCACCAGAACAGAAGAUCUCAACAUUAAGCCCUGUUUCUACUUUAUCUUUUAACUCGAGAGAUGAUGACUUCAUGCUAGAAUUCUCUGAGGAGUCCCUGAAAGCGCAAACUUUACCUGUAAUGAAAAAAUCAAGUUCUCUGGAGAAUAAGAACCUUCAAAGGCUUUCCUUUGAAGUAAGUAGAACCCGAGCUCCACUUGUUACUUUGCCGCCUGCCAGUGGGCCACCUGACUUAGAUUCUUGUUCUUGUAUGAUGGACCGUGACAGGCAAAAGUCUUCUGGUCCUCCCAUAUUCCGCCUGUGUGAAGAGUCAGCAGUUCCUUCUUUCAGCUUUGGGCCCAAGGACCAAAGCGAAGCUUCUUUCUCUAACGAAUCUAGGGAAGUGACUCCAAGUGAGGUUUCACUUCUUGAUAAUACAUCUACUCAAAGCAAGUGGCUGAAAUAUCAAAAUACACGCCAGUGCAACUUGACUACUCCAGACAGAGUUGAUGAGAAAGUAACAGAUGGCUUCUUUGCUGAGGCUGUUUCUGGGAUGCAUUUUAGUAACACAGGUGAAAGAGAGAAUGAUGCUGUGAAUGAAAGUUCUUUAGACUCUGUGCAUUUACAAAUGAUGAAACACAUGCUUCGACAGCAGCAGCAGGAUUUUAGCAGUCAAGAUUCGGUUUGCAGAAAGAAGGCAUUUUCUGUGACUCUAAACGAGGCUUCUAAGACUGAGAAAAUUCAGAAUAUGUUAGGAGAGUAUGCCUGCUACAACUGCAGUGUAACAGGAGAUUUACAGGAGGUAAAUGACUCUGAGCUAUGCUUCCCAAGUGGGCAGAAAGUAAAAUCUGCAUGUCUUCCCCAAAGGCAGAUUCACAUACCAGCUGUUUUUCAGUCUCCUGCUCAUUAUAAGCAGGUUUUUACAUCUUGUCUCACAGAACAUUUAAAUAUAUUGCUAUUUGGAUUGGCACAAAGGUUGCACAAAGCUCUUUCAAAAGUUGACAUAUCAUUUUACACAUCAUCAAAUGGAGACAAACUGAAAAAUGUAGAAAAUAAUGUGCCAUCCUGCCAUCAUCAGCAGCCUGCAAAACUGGUCAUGGUUAAAAAGGAAGGUCCAAAUAAGGGUCGUCUCUUUUAUACCUGUGAUGGACCCAAAGCUGACCAAUGUAAAUUUUUUAAGUGGUUUGAAGAAAUGACCCCAGGAUAUUUAACACAGGAAAAAUCUCUACCUAGCAUGGUUUUAAGUGAUAUAAAAAGUAUUGGCUUCUACUUAAGAAGUCAAAAGAUACCCCUCUAUGAGGAAUGCCAACUUUUCGUGAGAAAAGGAUUUGAUUUUCAAAGAAAACGGUACGGUAAACUAAAGAAGUUUACUACUGUAGAUCCUGAAUUUUAUAAUGAACCUAAGAGCAAACUUUAUCUUAAACUGAGUCGGAAAGAAAGUUCAUCUGCUUACAGCAAAGAUGAUCUUUGGGUGAUUUCGAAAACCCUAGACUUUGAAUUGGAUACUUUUAUUGCAUGUAGUACUUUCUUUGGACCAUCAUCUAUCAAUGAGGUAGAGCUUCUACCUUUGAAAGGUUAUUUCCCUUCGAACUGGCCCACUAACACAGUGGUCCACGCCUUAUUGGUUUGUAAUGCCAGCACAGAGCUGACCACUUUAAAAAAUAUUCGGGACUACUUUAAUCCAGCUACUCUACCUCUAACACAGUACCUCUUAACAAUGUCUUCAUCAACUACAACGAGCAACAAGAGAGUCAAUAAGAGAAAGUUUAUCCCACCAGCCUUCUCAAAUAUCAACACAAAAUUUGAACUACUCAGUAUAGAAGCAACAUUGAAGUUGGCUAGUGAGUUAAUUCAGGUGCACAAGUUAAACAAGGAUCAAGCUGCAGCUCUAAUUCAGAUAGCUCAAAUGAUGGCAUCACGCCAGAGUGUCGAAGAAGCGAAGGAACUGGCAAUUCAUACCCUCCCUAUCACGAUCAUACACGGCGUUUUCGGAGCAGGAAAGAGUUACUUGCUGGCUGUGGUGAUUUUGUUUUUUGUGCAACUAUUUGAAAAAUGUGAAGCUCUUACAGUUGGAAAUGCAAGACCGUGGAAACUUCUGAUUUCUUCUUCUACUAAUGUAGCUGUUGACAGAGUGCUUCUUGGGCUUCUUAGUCUUGGAUUUGAAAAGUUUGUCAGAGUUGGGAGUGUCAGAAAGAUUGCCAAGCCAGUUUUACCUUACAGUUUGUAUGCUGGCUCAGAAAAUGAAAAUGAGCAAUUAAAGGAACUGCAUGCACUCAUGAAGGAAGACUUGACUCCUGUGGAAAGAGUCUACGUGAGGAAAAGUAUUGAGCAGCAUAAACUGGGGACCAAUAAAACCCUGCUGAAACAGGUUCGAGUAGUUGGAGUUACCUGUGCAGCCUGCCCAUUCCCAUGCAUGAAUGAUCUCAAAUUCCCUGUGGUUGUCCUGGAUGAGUGUAGUCAAAUGACAGAACCGGCUUCUCUCCUUCCCAUUGCAAGGUUUGAGUGUGAAAAGCUGAUACUUGUUGGAGAUCCCAAACAGCUUCCUCCUACUAUUCAGGGUUCUGAUGCAGCUCAUGAUAAUGGACUGGAACAAACUCUUUUUGACCGACUCUGCUUAAUGGGCCACAAGCCAAUUCUGUUGAGAACUCAGUACCGUUGUCACCCCACAAUCAGCGCUAUUGCUAAUGAUCUGUUUUAUGAAGGAAAUCUCAUGAAUGGCAUUUCCGAAACAGAGAGGAGCCCUUUACUGGAAUGGCUCCCAACUCUGUGUUUCUAUAACAUAAAAGGACUGGAACAGAUUGAAAGAGGUAACAGCUUUCAUAAUGUGGCAGAAGCUGCUUUUACACUCAAGUUGAUUCAAUCACUGAUUGCGAGUGGAAUAGCGGGCUCCAUGAUUGGGGUGAUAACAUUAUACAAAUCCCAGAUGUACAAGCUCUGUCAUCUACUCAGUGCGGCGGACUUCGACCAUCCCAACAUGAAAGCUGUGCAGGUGUCCACAGUAGAUGCUUUUCAGGGAGCUGAAAAGGAGAUCAUUAUUCUGUCCUGUGUAAGGACCAGACAAGUAGGAUUUAUUGAUUCAGAAAAAAGAAUGAAUGUUGCAUUGACCAGAGGAAGGAGGCAUUUGUUGAUUGUAGGAAAUUUAGCCUGUCUGAGGAAAAAUCGACUAUGGGGGCGUGUGAUCCAACACUGUGAAGGGAGGGAAGGUGGAUUGCAACAUGCAAGCCAGUAUGAACCACAACUGGACCAUCUCCUUAAAGAUUAUCUUGAAAAACAAGCAGAAGAAAAACAGAAGAAAAAGGCUGAAAAAGAUAAAUUGACAGAUAAAAAAUCUUAUUCACAAAAAGACAUGGUAUAGUUUGUAAAGUUCAAAUUCAUUUUACACUGUACAUUUGUAUAUUUUUAUUACUCCCUAACCCUUGUAAUUGGGGGGAAAAAAGGAUUUAAAUAUAAGUAAAAUCUGCUCUUCAUAAAAAGUGUAAUUACUUAAGAUAGGCAAAUGUUGAAGGAACUAUAAAAUCUCACCAAUAAAAAUUCUUUCUGAAAAUUAUGGCUCUGUUUCUAAAGAAAUGAAUUUUUCAAGGAGCAGGAAAAAGCUUUUUUGGGGAUGUUACUUCAAAAAUAAGUGAUUAUCUCAAAAACUCAUCUUUUAAAAUGCAUCUACACAGUUAUACCAAUAUACUCCUUUCUGAACUACAGUGCUAUCAGAAUCUUAAGAAAUAUAAUGCCCUAUCAUUCUGUAAGUAAAAACAUAUUCACAAUAAAACUUCCUUUAAAAAAAUA